CGGCCCGGAUCGUUGGACGGAUCACAGUCAACCGCGACCGACCACGGCAGCUGUUAACAACAACACAGUCACUCACUGUACUCUACACAAUCCGCUCAAGAAUUUUCAAGCACACGACAUGUCUGGAACACUGAUCGUUUUCGCGGCUUUCGCCGUGGCCACCGCCUUGGCUGUCUACAAGGAGCCCGGAUACCCUACCGCUGCACCCGCCUACUCCUCGCAUCCAGCACCCUCAUACUCAUCACACUCAGCAUCCACGUACUCAUCACACUCAUCACCCGCAUACCCAUCUCACGCAGCUUCCGCCUACUCUGCUGCUCCGGCUUAUCGCGCCGCUGCCGCUUACCCGUCGUACUCAGCACCCGCUUACAACGCCGCCCCGGCAUACCCAGCUUACCCGGCCGCACCAGCAUACCCAGCUGCUCCAGCAUACCCAGCUGCUCCAGCAUACCCAGCUGCUCCAGCAUACCCAGCUGCUCCAGCUUACCCGGCUGCUCCAGCAUACCCAGCAUACCCAGCCGCACCAGCCUACCCGGCCGCACCAGCCUACCCAGCCGCACCAGCCUACCCGGCCGCACCAGCCUACCCAGCCGCUCCAGCCUACCCGGUCGCUCCAGCUUACUCGACUUAUCAAGCAGCACCCGCUUACUCGGCAUACCAGGCUGCCCCUGCAUACCAGACCACAUACCAAUCGGCACCGGCUUACUACUCCGCGUCCGCCUACAGCAGCAAGCCCGCAUCGUACCAAUCCGCUCCGACUUACAACAAACCGGCUCAGUACUCGGCAGCCAAGCCUUACGCCCCCGCUACCGCCUCACCGUCCCCGUCGCCGUACAAUUUCCAAUAUAGCGUGAACGACGCGCACACCGGCGACGUGAAGAGCCAGAGCGAGUACGCCGACUCCAACGGAUACGUGAAGGGCACCUACAGCUUGGUGGAUUCUGACGGAAGCAAACGCACCGUCGACUACACGGCUGACGACCACAGCGGUUUCAACGCUGACGUCAAGAAGGAAGGCGCAGGAUACGCUUCGUCGCCGGCCACAUACAAGCCAGCUUACUAAUGGCCGCUGGACACAGUCGCCAAACACCGCUCACACCGCAUCCGAUUAACCGUAUCGUAAUAGCGUCGUCGUAUCGUCGCAAACGUUGUUAACAAUAAUAUUAUACCACGUUCCGGGUGCGGUUACCUAUCGUCGCCGGCCGUCACCGCGUGUAGUCCCGAUACAUACCGCGGCGUGAGCACGGUCAUUAUAAUAUAUAUAAUAUUAUAUUAUGCUGUCAUCAUCUUACUAUUGAUUUUGUAUCGUUGUGAUUAAACGUGUUUUUGUAAAUAAAAUUUUAUACGUUACUGAUAAAAA